AUGCGACGUGGCGAUGCCGGUGCGCCGCGGUGCCCCGCGGACGUCGCACUGGGUCAGAUGCUGGCGGGCAUCCAACAGGAGCUGCUUCGGCGGUAUGGCCAGCCUCGGGAGUGGUCGAUCCUUCGCCGGUUAGCACCUGGAGAGGAAGGGCGUAGGGAGAAGUCCCAGAAAAGGGGCCGCGAGGGCGAUGCCCUCGUUCACCUCACUCCAGAUGACUGGGCCUGCGCAUUGCAUCCGAUGGCCGAGCUGGGACCCUACCUGGCCUCCACCUCGGCGCCAUCCUCGGAGAGGCGGGAUGGGGGCGAGCUGCGGAGCCUGGCGGGAACCAGCCCCCAAUCAGCCCCCGAGGGCUUGGCGGUUGAGCGGACCAGCAUCGAUCGAGGGGAUGGCGAUGCCCCGCCGGAAACGCCCGGUGCAACCGCCAACGACAGAUUGACAUCUUCGCCGCUCGACUCAGCUGUCGUCGUCAACUACGUGAAGUGCCGCUGCGCUGAGUUGCCGAUGCGGUUGAGGCUGGAGGCCCUACAAAUGCGUCGUCAUGAACAUCUACUUCGCCAGCAUAUGCAGGAACUGAUUCGUCUCUCUGAGUUCCUGGCGUUAUGUGGUGCGGUGCCCUCGGGCACCACGUGGGAAACCCCCACGGGCGGCCUAGCGGACUCGAGCCACGCUGGAACAGCCAAAGCGUCUUUUGGUCAAUUCGAAAAGUCCUCACCACCGCCCGGACACAUGGACCUGGCGAAAAGGGACGGUGUUGAGGGGCUCCAGCUGCUAUCACGAUGCUUUCAGCGAGUAGCAGAAUUGGAGCGACUCGUGGAGUCGGACAGUAUGAAUAAAGUGCUGUGCGCCGAGCGCAUGGUCUUGCUUAGCGCGACGACACUAGCAGCCGCUCGUCGAGUGGACCUAAAUACUUGA